UAUCUAAACACAGAGAGAGAGAGAGAGAGAAAGAGAGAGAGAUAAUGGUAUCGAACAAUGGCAGAGAAGAAAGGAGAAGGAGAAUCGCCGAAAGAGAGUCGGAUCGCAUGGGUCUCAUCACCGGCCGAAUAAAAAAUCUCCCUGCAUCAUCAUCACCAUCCUCAUCCUCAUCUCUCCAUGAUCACAUCGACGAUGACACCUCUGAUUCUACAUUGCUGAAACAUGAAGGUAAUGAUGAAGUUUCCAGGGGAAAUACUUUUGGCAUUGGAUGCCAAGGAGAGCCUCAAUUGAACAAAAUACAACCAUCCCUUGGAGCAUCAGUAGUUGAAAGGACCUCAACUGAUAGUGAACCACUCCCAAAACCUCGUAUGCAGCAGCCUAAGCUUUUUACUUCUAGAGGAAUAAAUUCCUGCAUUAUAGCUUCUGAGAGCACACGUGUGAUUUCUGCUCUCAUAAUAGCGUUCUUGGUAGUUUUAUCUUAUGUUGAUUAUCCAUUAUUUGGGAGGAACAUAGUGAAGUCUGAGAGUGUUGUAGCCUCAAGGCCUCUUUACAUACUCUUGCUAACUGAUGUAACAAUUGUGCUUGCACGGUUGUACCUUGAGAGGCGAAGAGACUCUGAUGAGGCAGAGGAAGAAAGAGGGGUUCCACGGGAAGAUGGACAUAAUUGGGAAACAGCAGAGAAGAUUUUGGAGAGAGGCUUGGUGGUGUACCAGAUUGUCCGUGCCAUUUUCAUAGACUGCAGUGUUUAUGCAGUUGUUGUCAUAUGUGGGCUCUCUCUGCUGUAGGUUUUUGGUUGCAUUGAUGAUCAUUAAACUUAUGUGUACUCAUUGUAGAAGUUGAGAAAUUCUUUUAUUUUUUAGUUUCAUGCCAGAGUUAAAAUGAUUCAUGUUUUAUCUGUUGUA